AUGGCCUCACUGCCGACUCAGGGUCCCGGGGCCCCUGACUUCUUUUCUGGGCUGCUGCCGGCGGCUUCAACGCCGGCCAACCAGAGCUCAGAAGCCUUGGUGGGCAAUGGGUCGGCGGCUGGUCCGGGCGCUCAGGCCAUCACGCCAUUCCAGAGCCUGCAGCUGGUGCAUCAGCUGAAGGGGCUGAUUGUGCUGCUCUACAGCAUCGUGGUGGUCGUGGGGCUGGUGGGCAACUGCCUGCUGGUGCUGGUGAUCGCACGGGUGCGUCGGCUGCACAACGUGACCAACUUCCUGAUCGGCAACCUGGCCUUGUCGGACGUGCUCAUGUGCACCGCCUGCGUGCCGCUCACGCUGGCCUACGCUUUCGAGCCACGCGGCUGGGUGUUCGGCGGCGGCCUGUGCCACCUGGUCUUCUUCCUGCAGCCCGUCACCGUCUAUGUGUCUGUGUUCACGCUCACCACCAUCGCGGUGGACCGCUACGUCGUGCUGGUGCAUCCUCUGCGCCGGCGCAUCUCGCUGCGCCUCAGCGCCUACGCGGUGCUGGCCAUCUGGGCGCUGUCCGCGGUGCUGGCGCUGCCGGCCGCCGUGCACACCUACCACGUCGAGCUCAAGCCACACCGCGUGCGCCUCUGCGAGGAGUUCUGGGGGUCCCAGGAGCGCCAACGCCAGCUCUACGCUUGGGGGCUGCUGCUCGUCACCUACCUGCUCCCCUUGCUGGUCAUCCUCUUGUCUUACGUCCGGGUGUCGGUGAAGCUCCGCAACCGCGUGGUGCCGGGCUGCGUGACCCCGAGCCAAGCGGACUGGGAUCGCGCGCGCCGCCGCCGCACCUUCUGCCUGCUGGUGGUGGUGGUGGUGGUGUUCGCCGUCUGCUGGCUGCCCCUGCACGUCUUCAACCUGCUGCGGGAUCUCGACCCGCGCGCCAUAGACCCCUAUGCCUUCGGGUUAGUGCAGCUGCUGUGCCACUGGCUCGCCAUGAGCUCGGCCUGCUACAACCCCUUCAUCUACGCCUGGCUGCACGACAGCUUCCGCGAGGAGCUACGCAAGCUGUUGCUCACCUGGCCCCGCAAGAUCGCGCCGCGCGGCCAGAGCAUGACAGUCAGCGUGGUCAUCUGA